GCCUCAGUGAAAAAAUGGCCGCCAUGGCCCCAAGUCCUGGGCGAGGAGCUGGUGAACAUGGCGCCCUGGCGCUCUUACUGUGCCUGCUAGUGCUCUACAAGGAAGCUUGGGGUCUUCUGUGUUACUGUGAAGGUCUGUGCCCUGAUCCUAAUAACUUCAAUGGUACGUGUGAAGCAAUGUCCAACUCUUUCUGCUUUAGUGCUGUGGAGCUCCUUUAUGACCAGGAAACAGACCAAUGGAAAGAGGAGCGCACUUACGGAUGUCUUGGACAAGAUGAGCUUGGGCUUAUGCAGUGCCGGGCAUACUUGAUAGAGCACCAUCGUCCCAAGAAUAUAUCUUGCUGCAGAGAGUACGACAGGUGCAACGAGGGGUUAUUGCCGCAGCUCUCGCCACAGAAACCCUCGGUUGCGCCGCCAAGAAAUUUUCCAGAGAGCCUUCUGCUUGUCACUUUGCCUGUAGCCUUUGUUGCUGUACUGGCGCUGACAAUGUCUGUCUGGUACAGGUAUCGGCAGCGGGAGUCCAAUAUACUUGUGUACAACAAGCCUAUGGGGAUUGUGAUGGGACCAAGUGAUACCCUGAGUGAUCUCAUUGAGCAGUCUUCUGGGUCAGGCUCUGGACUUCCUCUCUUGGUCCAGCGCACCAUAGCAAAACAGAUACAGCUUGUGCAGAGCGUUGGUAAGGGUCGUUACGGUGAGGUGUGGCUCGGACGAUGGAGGGGCGAGAGGGUUGCUGUCAAAGUGUUUUUUACUACUGAUGAAGCAUCCUGGUUUAGAGAGACAGAAAUUUAUCAGACAGUUUUAUUAAGACAUGAAAAUAUCUUAGGUUACAUUGCAGCUGACAUCAAGGGAACGGGGUCUCUAACGCAGAUGCUUCUUAUAACAGACUACCACCAGCUGGGUUCUCUUCACGACUACCUUCAGAAUACCACCCUAAACUAUUUUACCAUGAUUCGCCUCUCCUUGUCUACUUCUUGUGGCAUAUCACACUUACACACGGAAAUUUUUGGAACUAAAGGGAAACCAGCCAUUGCUCACAGAGACAUCAAGAGUAAAAAUAUCCUAGUUAAAAGAAAUGGAGAGUGUUGUAUUGCUGACUUUGGCCUAGCAGUUAAAUAUGUCAGCUCUACUGUCUGUGAGCUGAAUGUCUCCCCAUCCCUUGAAAGUGAGAAACCAGGAAAUAAUGCUGAUGAUGAUUGGUGCGCUCAUAAUGCAGGGGCUGGAAUGAUGUGUUUACAAGUCGACCCGUUCAUGCCGAGUGAGAUAGGAAGUGAGAACAACGAACUGGACUUUGGCACCAAUCCCAAAGUUGGAACACGCCGAUACAUGGCUCCAGAGGUGCUUAACGAAACUAUAAACACAAGUUGCUUCGAGUCCCUUAAAAUGGCAGAUAUUUACUCCUUUGGCUUAGUCCUCUGGGAAAUAGCUAGAAGAUGUGCAAGUGAAAAUGGAGAGAGAUAUCUUUUAGCUGAUGACUACCAGUUGCCUUACUUCAACUGUGUGCCGCCAGACCCUUCCUUUGAAGACAUGCACGAAGUUGUGUGCGUCAAGGGUAUUAGGCCAGAGAUACCUCUUCGCUGGCAUUGUAACGAGGUAUUGAAGACUAUGAGCAAAGUGAUUCAGGAAUGCUGGCAUGGCAAUCCUGCUGCUCGUCUGACAGCUCUCAGAGUGAAAAAGACACUGUAUAAACUGCAUGUUACUGAUGGCACCAAGAUUGUUUAGUGCAAAUUAUAAAUUAUUUGUUGAGUUUAUGGGUUUAGCAAAUGCAACUGUGUAGUGUAAAUCCAGUUAAAGAUUUAUAAACUUUUAUAAGAAAUUUUUUAUAUCAAAUAACUGUAUACAUAAAACCUUGUAUAGUGAUUUUUAGCCUCUUGUAAAGACGAAGCGAGUGACUUGUGGUAGAGGAGAACAACUGGCGGUGUUAGCGAUGACAAGACUGCGUGCAGUGUCUCCACAUGUGGAGUGAAACAACAAGUGCCUGAUGUGUAGUGUGAGAACAGUAACCAAGUGUGAGUGCCACUUGGAUGGACUUUAGUAAAGCCAAGUGUUGUAGAAUAGACUGUUUUAGGUGACUAUAAGAGCAAUGGGAGUCCUUGCAUUUAUUAUUGUGAUGGCGAAUCCAAAGGACAGUGAUGCUAUCACCAUUAAAAUAUAUGAAUACUUCGUCUGGAUGAGAUGACACCUUAAUAUUAUUUUAAUAUUAUUUCCCACCUGUACUAUUGCCACUAACUAUUACUGCGUGCCAUCCUAGUCUAUCACGCAGCAAUAACUUUUAGUUGUACAAGAAUCUCGUGCUGGAUUAAGUCUUACAAUAGAACUAAAUUCAUAUUCAAAUUUAAUGCUUCCUUAAAAAUACUGUAUUUCUCAUUAACAUAUGUGAUCAGAUGUGUUCAAACACUACAAUGGAAUCUGUCCAAGUGAAAUUGUCCUAAAGCACAUAUAAUGUCUGGACUGAUUGUUAAAAUGAUUGUUAAAUUGGAUUAGCACCCACAUGGAAAAUACAUAUUAAAAAAAAAUUUAUAAAACACACACACACACACACACACACACACACACACACACACACACACACACACACACACACACACACACACACACACACACACACACACACA